AUGGCGGCAGGCUCUCGGGCCCAAUCAGCUGGAUUGGCCUUUCAUGAACAGAUUAAGGCCAUGGUGGAAGCCAGUAAAGCCAGUUUGCCCCCCAUGCCGAUACUGACCAAACCUCUUGACCUGCAACAACUGGAGUCGAAAAUCGACGAGCUGCAUCUCCAACUUGAGGGACUCGACUCGGAUGACGAGGACAGCGAGGCCCAGCGCCAAGCAAAACAAGAGACGUUGGUAGCUCUGUCGAGUGAGUUAAGACCGCUUAAGACGGACUGGGACCGCACGUGCAGGGAUGCUCAUGUGGCGUACCGCUCCCAAGACGAGAUGAAAGCAAAUUCUCUCAUGAACAACAUCUUGAACUGUUAUAAACAUUUCGGCCUCCCCCUCAACGGCAACAUGGGCGUCGACACUUCGGCCCUAGGUCUCCCUGGAGAUUCGCCUGCUGAUGCCGAUCCGGACACACCGCGCAGGCCGCGAAUGCGAAUGAAGAGGGGAGGGGCGGUGCUCACCCCAGAUCGUAAUGGGGUUUUUGAGUCCGAGACGCGUAGCAAGAGGAAGAGAGCCCCCAGCUCCGCCAUUUCUCACAAGCGACCGCGCAUUCAAGGCAACAGAAAUUCCAUACAUUUCAAUGCCGUCUACCAAAACAAACGCGCCGCCAAGAAGCACACCAUUAUCCGGGUCCCCGAGAAUGAGGAUCAAGAUCCUGUGCGCCCGCCCAAGUUUUACAUCUUGCGAUGUGAGAAUCACGACAUCGACUUCAACGACAAUCCAUUACAGUCAGGUUUGGCUCAUUUAACUCAAGCCCACCAGCAUGAGAACCCUUCAUUUGAGACCGUUGUCCAGCUCUUUGGUUAUGAGCUUAUUGGCUGCGACGAUGAAAAACUCAUUCAAAACAACAAAGUCGCCAACGAGGCCUUUCAAAAAGGCCAAAAAGGAGCGCGAGACUUUAUUCGCGUCACUGAUUCGCCUACACCCAAAACAUCGCGCAAGAACAAAAACUCCAGCAACGCCUUGAAAAAGGGCAGGUCAAGUCGCAAGUCUCGAAACACCAUCAAUCCUCGCGACUUGGUUCCUGGAGAUGUCUACAUCAUCUACUGGUCCCAGUCAAAACAGUGGUAUUGCGGUCUGCUUAUCCCUUUGCAAGAUCCCGAAUCCGUUGGGAUAGAAGAGUCAUUCGAGGCUUUAGGGCUACUUAACAACAUACCGCCGUGUUAUGAGUACGACAGCUCCAGCAAGUCAUUCUCCUGGGCAGAGGGUUAUGAAGAUGGAGGGGAGGACGCUUCGGAACAGCACUUUCCGUUCAUGUUCUUCGAGGGACUUGAUUUUCCUCACAUGUGCCAUGUUGCUUGGAUCCCUCUCGACGAAAUCCAACCUUGGGAUGAGGAGAAGGCGUUGAUGAUUGAGCAUAGCGAUCAGGCUUUUGAAUAUCUCAAGCAGCGGAAGGCGGCUCAACGGCCCAAGCGGUUAGGGCCAAAUGAUGAGAUACCAGACUCGGCUGAUGAUAACUCCACGUCGGACCUUGCUCCUCGGUCACCAGUUGCAGAGUCCUCAACAGAUUUCCAACCUGCUCAGAACGCUGAGGCCGUUACACCUAACACAGCCCCGGAAGCUGACGAGGCUGACAAGGCUGAAGACGCAGAUGUGACUGGGCAGACUGACGAAACACUGAAGGUCGCCGAAGGAGCGCCGGAAGAGGAGCAGGGCAUUCUACCAGAGCCUGAAGAAGAGCAGGAGACUCAACUCGAGCCUGAAGAAGCACAGAGCGCCCAGCUGGAGACCGAAGAAUCGAAGGACCCCGAAUUGGAAUCUGAAGAAGUUCGGGAUAUUCUACCAGAGCCUGAAGGAUUACAGAAUGACUCGACACUGGCAUCUGGAGAGGUACAUAAUGACGCCACGCUGGAAUCCGGAGAAGUGCAGAAGGAUACCCAAAUGGAAGUUGAAGAUUCACAGGACACUAGACAAGAACCUGAGCAAGUCGCCGAGUCACCCGUACAGCCCGAUAUAGUCGAAGACGAAGAUAUCACCAUGAGUUCAGAGGAAAGCCCUCCCGAGAGCGCUGCUCAACAGGAAACCGCGGACAGCGAGGAUAUUGUAAUGGAAACUCCAGAAGAUUCAAAUCCAGAACUUCCGCAGCAGAAUGACUCUCAAUCUGGUAGGGAAGAUCAGGAGAUUAUCCUUGAUACUCAGGAAGACCCAGCCGAAAACGUCUCAUCCACGAAGGAACCGGAAGAAGUCACUGCGGAACGAGGGGAGGAAAGCUCAUCACACGAAGCAAGAGAAGAACGUUUACCCAGUGUCGAUUUAGCGGAUCUCCUAACUGCCGGCGAGGAUCUCGAGUUCCAGUUUUCGCAGUCUGAACAGAGAGAACUAGAUCAAGGGCCGACGCCUAAACCUGCCCACGGGACAGUUAAUCCUUCAAGCGCGGCAAACGACGUUGUCAGCACGAAACAAGAAGAAAGCUUGCCUGCCUCGCCUACACCCGAGACUGCCAGUGUUGCUCGUACGGAAAAUGACUAUGGGGAUGAGACACGGGAGGCCAGCCAACCUCAGCGCUCUUCUGUCGCUACGGAAUCUUCGAACGAUGAAACUCCGCGGCCGCGCCUCUCGUACGCUGAAAUGGGUCGGGCUUCUUCCCUAUCAGAGGGCGUUCCAAGUGACGUCGUUGAGUCACGGCCGCAAAUUCAACCUGCUUCGAGACGGGCUCGUUCAGGGACACCGAAUCGCAACGCACUCGCUGCGCAAUCACGAAUGUCAUCGUUAUCAAUGUCACCUGUUGUAUCUCGGCCGCCUGCAAUGUCACCGCCAGUGACAAUACCGUUCUCGCCUACAGCGCCAUCUGCCUCGACGCCUUUACAGUUGCCAAUGAUAUCGCAGCCUCCGCUUUCUUCUCAGUCAUCAGCAAUACGGUCACCAACAUCGCAACGCCCGCCUUCAGGGUUACAGCACUCAGUCUCGUCAUGGCCGCCGGAUAACUCAUGGGCAUCGGCGACACCACAGCGAUUAGGACCAUCACAAUCAUCUGCUCUUGCGCGUCGGCCUGCACUAUCUCAGUCAAUGACAACUUCACAACCACCGCCAUCAUCACAGCCUCUAGCGGCCAGGCCCUCAACAUUAUCCCGCACAUCUUCACUAUCUCAACCAUCGACUUCAGGGCAACCGUUCCGUGCCCCAAUAGCGCAAAUGGGGCCUGCAUCGCAAGUAGCAAUGUCUCCUGGACCCGCUGUGUCUAACGGCGAGCAGCCACACAACGCACGGUCGACACCGCAGGUUCUAGCACCUCCCCGCCACUCAGAAGUAGAGAGUCCACUACCAGAAGAUGCUCAGAGUCGGUCUGAAGUCUUGAGGCAUCCCCAUGCAGCUCAGCACAAGGCGUCUGCGCAGGCUUUGGGAAAUGCUCCCCGGCCUAAGGAACUUCCACGUGCGAUAAAGCCCAAGGCACCAUCCAAGCCUUCAGUUGAGAUUGUCUUGCUUAACCGGCAAGCAGUCGAUCAAGCGCGGUCACAGUCCAUGACAACUGGACAGCAAGCAGCAGCAACCAGUCCUACACAGUUGCCGGCAGCUCAUGAAAGACAUUCAGAACCUGCACAGGCAACGCCAACGCCGCCAGUUACGUCUGCUACAAGACCUAUAGCCCCAGCUCCGCGCCGCCCGCUACCUCAGGAGAGACCGUCACCUAGACCUUCUGCUUCACCAGUAAAGAGGCGCGAAGCCCCCAAAGACUUGCCGCCACAAAAACAGGCUCCCAGGCUUUCUUCACAGCCUCCUUCUGGGGCCGAGAAUACCCCAGCAGCUCAGCCAGAGCGACUAGCACAAGUACCAUCAGGUCAGCCACUUGCUAGAUAUGCUUCUCGACCUGCUUCGCCGGCACACCAAAACUCACCCCGCUUACCGCCCAUGAAUGUCCCUCUAGAAGGACACUAUAUCCCCAAUAAUAUUUUAGCCCAACAGCAGGCAUCUCUAUCGAGACCUGGAUCUUCGGGACAUGUUGGGCCCCAGCCUAUGCCUUCUCCUCGUCUGACUGCUGGAUCUAUAUCGCGACCCGGCUCUGCAUCCCAAAUGCACAUUAGAUCACAGGCCAUGCCUUCUCCCCAUCAACUGGCGGCAGAAGUUCAGCGACCUCAGUCCAGUUUCCAAGGGCAUCCUGGGUCGCAGCCGAUGUACUCUCCCCGACAAGUUCCUGGUGAAAUUCCUCAUCAUAAUCAUCGUCCUGUUCCAUCACCGCGGCGUCCCUAUGCUGUUCCAGUGCAGCCGCCGCCGUCGCCUCACCAACCUUUUAGUCAUUUCCCCCAUCGAAGCCCCGAGAUGCAGAGCAAUGGUUAUGUUUCCCAGCGUCAUGCAUCAACUGGAACCUUGUCGCCACAGUCGCCAACAGCAGAAAAUCAAUUGCCACCUAUUCGAUUACCAAACAUCUCUCGUCCUCGAUCUGAAGCCCACGCAGGUUCUAACAUGAUCUCGCCGCCACAGACCGCUGUGGGGGCUCGACCAGGACACUAUACGGGACAUCAACAGCCUACGCCACCUAUUAUGCAAUCACCGCGUCUAUCUGCGGCCGAAAUCUCUAGACCGCACACGGCAAGCAACAUGCACCCUCCCCUGGCCACGAUGUCACCAGUCCUAGGGCACACAGAACCGCGAAGGCCAAACUCGAGCUACUCUCGAACCAUGCCUUUUCACGCCCCCUUGCCCACCAUGCAGCCCAACUAUUCGGGCACUGGCUACCAGUCAUCCGCACCAUCUGCACACCAGUACGCCCAGCCUAAUCGUCCUCAAGGACACCUUCGACGACAUUCCGAAAGCGCGUGUCAGCCCCAACUCCAGCAGUAUGCACUCGCAGGCAGCCCCCAGAUAGCAAACUCUACGCCACGGUCCUAUCAGUCCCAUGAGCUGGAUCAGGGCCCGAGACGCAAUCCGGCCCUAGAUCCCUUCCUUUCUGAGCUCUCUCCUAGUGUUCGCAAAGCACUUCUAGAGCAAGUUGGAGCAGAAAGACCCGAUCUUGUCCCCUACGACUUUCGCAUCAACCAAAACAGGUAUCGAUGCCCCUUUUGCAAGGAAUCGACUCUGGAACCGAUAGCGCUUGUCAAUCACAUCAAGAUGAGCUGCCCAAUGCUGGAGGAGAAGUACAAACAGGACAAGAUUGAGCAGGGUUUUGAAGCGAAUAGGGGCAAGCGAGUCAAACCAGCUAAGAGAAAGAGUCAGAUGGCCCAAGCAGCCAAGAAUGCCCGAGUUCGGAGUUAA